AUGAGUCAAAGUUCAAGGUUACAGUCUAUGGGGAAAACAUGCUGUGUGAAGCAGUUCAUUAAUGGAGCUAGAGAGAGGUGUUCUGAACCAGUGAAUGGUAAAGAAGAUCGGAGAAAAGUAGAAGGAAGAAAAAGGAAGCAGGUUGAUAAUGAAGGUUUCAUAGAAGCAAAAUGCAUUAAGAGUGAAUUUGAUUCAACUGAAGCAAUUAAUAUCGAUUCUGAUUCUUCUGAUGAUGAUGAUGAAGAAAUGCAAAUCCCACCAGCUUUUAUCAAGGAGUUUGGAAAGGAAGAGGUGCCAAAGAAAACAACACUUGAGACUUAUAAUGGCAAAUUUUGGGAAGUUGGAGUGGAAAAGCUCGGAAGAAAAUUUUACUUUGAUAAUGGCUGGGAUAACUUUGUGAGAGUUAAUAGUCUGGAAAAUGGGGAUUUCUUGCUGUUUAAGUAUUUUGCAGAUUAUUCAAAGUUUAACGUCAAAAUAUAUGGAAAAACUUGCUGUGAGAAGCAAUUGAACGUUGUUGGGGAAAGAUGUACCCAGAAAAGAAAAGCACAAACUGUUGAGGUCAAAAGGAAUGAAAAGUAUGGCGGCAGAAUGCCUCCAGAUUAUCAUAACCAUAUCGAAUUCGAAUCUGAGAAUCCGUUCUUUCAGCACAAACUCAUGCCUACAACUGCCAACCAGUAUCUGUAUAUACCCAAAGGUUUUUUCAAGGAACGUAUGAAGGAAAGCAAAAGGAUAAAGUUAGAGUUAUCAGAAAGAACAUGGAAUAUGGAGAUUUAUGUGCACGAACGUGAACGUGAUGCAAAACGAACAAAGGACGCCAGAGUGGUUAAGGGAUGGAAGAGAUUGGUGAAUGAACAUCAUUUGGAAAUUGGAGACGUCUGCUUCUUUGAAAUGAUUGCAAGUUAUUAUGAUUCUGAUUGUUCUGAGUUUCUUGUCCAUGUUUAUAGUGAUCUGCAUCUUCUCGCCAAAGCUUCCAUGGACAGAGCUUCACAAUGGCAAAGAAAACGCAAGAAACCUUCCUUCUUCAAGAUUCUGAUCCAAGAUUUCUCUACCCGCCUGCAAAUCCCGCCAGCUUUCUACAAGGUGUUUGGUAAAGAGGUGCCAAAGAAAGCAAUUCUUGAGACUUGUUAUGUUUCUGAAGAUGAAACAAUUAAUAUUGAUUCUGAUUCUUCUCAGCAUCCUAUCGUCGAAGAAGAAGUUGGUAAUUCGAAGCAGCCAACGAGUGAAGAAGCCACAAGAUUGCCCACUGAUAACCAAACAGAAUCUGAGAGUUCUUCCUUCCAAGUCAAACUCAGAUCCUCAAGUAUCAAUAGCUAUCUGGAAAACGAAAGGCAGGAGAUUAGAAUAGAGAUGACCAACAAAGUAUGGGAAGUGGGUGUUCUAGUGUUUUGGGCAGACGGUAAGAAGGAAGCACUGACAGGAGCAAGGCUGACCCAAGGAUGGAGGAACCUGGUCUCAGAAUGUCGUCUCCAAAUGGGAGAUGUCUGCAAUUUUGAAUUGAUCCAACCAACAGCUCAUCAUCAGCAACUUGUCUUUCGUCUUCGUGUUCUUCGAUGGGAUCCUCAAAACGACAAGUUUACUCAGAUACUUUAG